AUGGACCCCCAAUCACCACCAAAACGGAUCACUCGGGCGCGUGCCGCAGCCAAGGCUGUUGAGCCGGCCUCAAAGACGACAAAGAUUAUGACUGCUGCUGCCAGGACGAAGACGGCCCGUGGUACACUGACGACCUCCUCGGCCUCGACGCUCAACACCACCACGUCGCGAGGAUCUCUCAAGCGGAAGAGCCCGUUUGAUGACGAGGAGGAGGAGGAGUCAGAUCAUGAAGAGCAGAAGCCCGCUAAGCCAUCUUCAAGUCUCGCUGUGAAGCCUACCCGAGGACGUGGCAGGCCCAAGAAGGCAACAGAGGCCCCAUCAGCGCCAGUACUAUCUACAUCAACAAGGGCUAGGGGAAGGCCAAGGAAGACUGUCGAGACCAUCGCAUCCGAAACCGCUGCCAGGACAGCCCAGCCCAAGAAGACUGCCACAGACCCCGAACCCGCUGCCGCAAAGAAGCCAACGACCCGCCGCCCUGCCACAGCUGGUACCGCGAGCACGGCUGCCAAGUCCCUUGCUAAACCAGCGAUCAAGAAGACCGUCAAGUUCGAGGUGCCUGAGAAGGAGAAUGUUGCGCCGCCCUCGAGGAGCUCGACACAAGCUGCUAGCACAACUGGAGCCCUGAACAAGAAACCUGUUCGCAAGGGAGCUACUGCCACCGGCCGAACCGCCCGUGCUACCAAAGGAGCGACAAAUGCCGUUUCCAAUACAGUGAGUUCCACGAAGGAUAAGCCACUUCCAUUGAGUCCUAAGAAGAUCAACCAGCUCGCCGUGAGCCGGGCCGCGGAAUCCGACGACGAACUCGGUAUGGACGAGAAGGUCCCCGUUCGACGAUUCAAAAAGGCACCCGUAAAGCCCGCCAUGGGCGCCACCAAGGCCCUCGCCUCCUCCCUGGACCGGAGACAUCCCACGGAGAACGACGAAAACGUGCCGGUCAUGCCUACCUCGGAUGCCACACUCACCCUCAUGCUCGGAACCCCCGCAAAACGGCUACCUCCAUCACCCUGGAAAGGAAGUAUGAAAUCCCCUCCGCGACGCGUUGAUGGUCUUUUUGCAGCCUCUACCUCUCAAACCCAGCCCCAAGGUCAGGUAUCCCCCAUCAAGUGUAGCCUUUUGCAAACACCCGCCAAGCGACAGCCCCUUGCCAUUCCCAUUGCCUUGGGGAGUGUCGGUGGCAGCCAGGUGAACCCUUCGCCCUUCAAGUUUUCUCUGCUCUCAUCCCCAGCUAAACGCUCGGUUGUCUCACCGAUCAAGAGUUUCCCGCCGAGGAUUGAGGAAGAGGAGGAAGAAUGCAGGAGCCCUGCGCCGAAGCCCACGUUGCUUGCCAGCCCCAUGCCAGCUGUGCCGGUCCCUGCUGAGCAGGAGGCCAGGACUCUUUCGGAUGAAGAUGGUGACAUGAUCAUGGGCAACACAGACGAAGAGGAAGAAGAUGAUGUCGCAGUCGUGUCACCAGAAGUCCCCGAGUUUCCCGGGCGUCUCUCGACUAUUCUGCCCCGACAUGCAGACCCGGUUCUGGCUCUUGAGACGAGCUUGUCCGAGGAAGAAGAGGAAGAGAAGCAGAAGCAGGAGGAAGUACACAUCGACGAUGUCGUUGAGAACAACGAGAACAAGGUCGAUGACGAGAUUGAGGAGCAGGUGGAGCAGGUGGAGCAGGAGGAACAGGAGCAGGAGGAGGAGGGAGAGGAGGAGGAGGAAGUGGAACUCAUCGAACAAGAGAACGACGAAGCCGCGGCGGAGGAUGACUCAGCCGAGACUAUCCUGCAGGAAAAUGAGCAAGUUGAGGAACAGUGUGAGGAAAUGGCAGUUGACAGCGCCGAUGCUGAGGAACCUGAGGAGCAGGCUAGGCCUGCUCCCAAGGUUGCGCCUGCCCUAUUUCAAUUCGGCCUCCGCGAGAAGGACCUGGACCCGUACCAGAGCGAGGACACAGACUCUGAGGAUGAGGCUCCUACCCGACAAAACCCAUUCUCGUCUGCCUUCACCGCGCUGCCCAACACUCCAUGCCGUCGUUCCUCGUUGAGGACUCCUCGUGCUCAGACCAGUCAGCCUAGGAUGUCGUCUGGUAGGAGCACCGCCAAGAGGGUCCGUAUCGAUGACAGCGUUGGAUUCACUCCCUUGGCUUCUCAGCUCAAUGGCUGGACUGCGGGACCUAGCCCUGUGAAGACAAACAGCAAAGCCGACUCCCCAUUAUCAGUGUCACACGAAACAGAUGAGGAGGAAAACACGUCUACAAAUGAGGAUCUCGCGACUCCCGGUCUGGAGCCCGGGAAUGGUUUCUUUGAGAAUGAGAUGCUCAAUCGGUCCGAUGCCAUGGAUGUUGACGAGGAGGCGGUUGAUUCCAGUGCUGAGAUUGAGACUCCUAUCCUCGAAGACAUCACCCCCACAGAAGAGGAUGCCGCCCUCGCAGCUGAAGCAAAUGAGAUGUCUCUCAUGGAGCCCGAACAGGCUGAGGCCAACAUGAGCAAUUCGAGUCAUGACGACACCAUCUCUGAGGCAAGCCAGGAAUACGGAGAUGAGAAUGAACUGCCAGUGGAUCCCAACAUCUCUUCUAGAGCCACCACUACAGCCAGUCCUGUCCCUCCGGUUACUCCAGCUCGUACCCUGCGCCCACGAGAAGUUCACACCAUUGCAAAGGUGCCUCUCAAGCCGGCCGACGACUCUACCCCUCGCCCUAAGCCAAUUCAGCGUGCCGGCAGCGCCUCGCGUCUCCCCGUUUCAAGACCCACAGAUCGCGUAACUCGGAGCGCAACAGUUAUCUCGUAUACGCCCACCAAGACUGAGUCUGUUGAAGAAAUGGAGGAUGAAGAAGAGGCACAGGCCAAGUCUGUCCCACCCGUCACUCCGGCGAAGGGUGAUAUCUGGUCGACCCUGGGGACCCCUGCUCGCACCCCGAGACGGGAUCUGAACCCAGCACUGCUCCGUGGGGCAGUCGUCUUUGUUGAUGUUCACACAACUGAGGGUGCUGACGCGAGCGGCAUUUUUGUUGAGCUGCUCACGCAAAUGGGUGCUCGAUGCCUCAAGGAGUGGAAGUGGAAUCCCACCAACACGGAUUCCAAGAUUGGAAUCACUCACGUGGUGUACAAGGAUGGUGGCAAGCGUACUCUGGAAAAGGUUCGCCAAAGUGAAGGCGUGGUGCAGUGUGUUGGAGUGAGCUGGGUGUUGGACUGCGAACGUGAGAACGAAUGGCUCGAGGAGGGCCCCUACGCCAUUGACACCCAGAUUAUUCCCCGUGGUGGUGCCCGUCGAAGGAAGAGCAUGGAGCCGCGCGCCAUGUCCAACAUGAACGGCACGCUCAUUCCCGCGCCCGUGAAAGGUAGUACCUCCAGCAACUCUACGCCGACCAACUCCUCGACUACUCGCACCGGCAACCAAACUGCUCCCACGACCCCGGCCAGCAACCGGAGCAGCAGUCGCCGUGCCAGCUCCCUUUGGGUGCGCACCCCCGAGGAGCCCCGCAUUUCAGUUGAUGAUAUCGACUCGGAGGACGACAGGGAGCAUAAGGAAGACGAUGAUGACACCUGGGGCGUGGUGUUGACUCCAGUGCCCAAGACCCCUGCCCCUGAAGCCAUUGCUCGCUAUGUGGCCAACAUCAGCCCUGGCUCAGACAUGUCAUCUGUCGCUGGUGACGAUGAUGAAGACGAGGAACGCAAAAGGCAAGAGAUGCUCACACGCACUUGUCCACCCAAAAGGGCAACAUUUAUCGAGCUCGGGGAGCGGGUGCUUAACAAGGAAAAGGAUGAGAGAGUCUUGAUGAGAUUGAUGGCUGCUCGCAGGAAGAGCUUGCAGUUUGCGCCAAAGAUUGGAAGCCCAUUGGCUAAAUCAUGGCGUUGAGUUGGGUAGGGGGGGAUCUUUGUUUGUGGUUUUGUUUGUUAUGACACGCUCUUUUGAGAGAAAGGAUAUGACAUUGAUGGACUAGACUGUGGUUUGGGUUGGGGGGUGAUGAGAAUAACAUUUGGAAAGGUGUUUCUUGUGGCUUCUUCUUUUACGGCAUUGUCGGGGUACUUUAAUCAGAGUAGUUGUGUACA